AUGAGAAGGACCACCAUUUCCAGCAGAGGAAUUAUCAUUAGGACAAUCGUUGAGUUUUUAAAUCCGUUUUUUUGUGUGUGUUUUUUAAAACAUUUCUAAGUGUUGGAAACUUUACAUGAGAUGAAAGGCGCAGAGAGACUCAUCUUUCUGGGCUGGCUGCUGAUAGGUACCCUGUGUCAAGGUGGGGUGGAAGGAACGGUCUGCACUAAUCUUCCCAGGAACACGUCAGUAUCUGUGAGUCCCUCUGGCGAAGUGUUAGAAGGCAGUUCAGUGACUCUGACCUGCAGCAGCGAUGCCAACCCACCAGUGACCAGCUACCGCUGGUACUCAGUGAGAGCGGGUGACACCAGAUCUACAGGCUAUGGGCCGGUCCUGAGGACCAAAAUCUGGGCGGACAAUACCCACUUCUACUGUGAAGCCAAGAAUAUGUGUGGAGCACAUAAUUCAACGAUCACUAAAGUAACUGUGUGGUAUGGUCCUAAAACCAUGUCUGUGUCAGUCACCCCAUCUGGAUCUGUGUUUGAUGGUGCGAUGGUGAAUCUGACCUGCAGCAGCAAUGGCAAUCCACCAGUAAGCAGCUUCACCUGGUACAGUGUGAAGGGAGACCAGGCGACACGGCUUGGGGUUGGGACGAGGCUAGAGACCCGUGUGUCUGCAGAAGUCCACCAGUUUUACUGUGAGGGCAGAAACGACCAUGGAGGACAGAACUCAACGCUGAUAGAAGUGGUUGUACAGUAUCCUCCCAGAAACACGUCAGUAUCAGUGAAUUCCUCUGGUCCAGUGUUGAAGGGCAGUUCAGUGACUCUGACCUGCAUCAGUGAUGCCAACCCACCAGUGUCCAGCUAUAACUGGUACUCAGUCGACGAGAGCGAAACACGCAGUGUAAUAGGAUUUGGACAGAUGUACACAGUAGCUAAUGUCAAUGGUAAUACACAGUACUUCUGCACAGCUAAAAAUCAACACGGAUCGGACAAUUCAACAACGCUCCAGCUCGACAUUCAGUAUCCUCCCAGGAAUACGUCAGUAUCUGUGAGUCCCUCUGAUUCUGUGUUAGAAGACAGUUCAGUGACUCUGACCUGCAGCAGCGAUGCCAACCCACCAGUGACCAGCUUCCGCUGGUAUUCAGUGAGAGAGGGGAAGGAGGACUAUGUGACCUCAGGACAGAAACUAAUCCAGGCCACAAUGAAUGUUAUUGCUGGAAGAGAAUACUACUGUAAAGCCCAGAAUCCUCAUGGAGAGGAUCAGUCAGCGUCUACAAACGCAUCUAUGGAGUUUGCUCCUCAGAUCUCAUCCUCCUCUCGCUGCCUCCACUCCGGAUCUCAGGUCAGCUGUACCUGUGACAGCCACGCUAACCCCGCCCCCUUGGUGCAGUGGCGUCUGUCUGGCCGACGUGUCAAUCAUUCCACAGCCACGGCCAUCAGGGAGGAGCCUCUGGGCAGAAUUGGCCUCAGGAGCACUCUGACCAUCCGUCAAUCACAAGAAGACACGCCCACUGCACUUUGCCUCAGCUCCAACUCUCAGGGCUCUGCCAGUCUGCAGCUUUGUGUCACCUCCACAGGUUACCAGAAGCUGUCUCUGUUGGUGGGAGCUGGGGCAGGUGCUGCUGGGAUGCUGUUGCUGUGCGUCGUGACAUGUGUCAUUGCCAGGAGAUUGCAUGCCAAGACGACCUGGGAUCUGAAACCAGAGGACAUAACAGAGCUCAUACUAACUGACUGGACUCUCUCUCAGGAAGAGGACUCUCUGUACGCCAGUAAAUCCACACUGACCGGACACCCGCGAGCCAACGGCGCCAAUGGGAAAGGGACCAGAGGGGUUAAUCCAGACCUCCAUGGGCCCCAACCCACAGACCCUCCUGGAGGUCUACACUACCAACCCCCACCCAUAGGCCCCGCUAACUGUGAUCACGUACCCCUCCAGCACUCCAGCCUGGAUACCACCACGACCAGGAUAGAGGGGUAGGGAGCGGGGGGGUGACAUCACAGGUGACAUCAGGGGUGACAUCAGGGGUGAGAGAGGGUGACAGUUUCCUACCAGGAGAAAAUCUAUAUGUCAGUUUCCAACCAGGAGAACAUCUAUAUGUCAGUUUCCAACCAGGAGAACAUCUAUAUGUCAGUUUCCAACCAGGAGAACAUCUAUUUGCCAGUUUCCAACCAGGAGAACAUCUAUAUGCCAGUUUCCAACCAGGAGAACAUCUAUAUGCCAGUUUCCAACCAGGAGAACAUCUAUAUGUCAGUUUCCAACCAGGAGAACAUCUAUAUGUCAGUUUCCAACCAGGAGAACAUCUAUUUGCCAGUUUCCAACCAGGAGAACAUCUAUAUGCCAGUUUCCAACCAGGAGAACAUCUAUAUGCCAGUUUCCAACCAGGAGAACAUCUAUUUGCCAGUUUCCAACCAGGAGAACAUCUAUAUGCCAGUUUCCAACCAGGAGAACAUCUAUUUGCCAGUUUCCAACCAGGAGAACAUCUAUAUGCCAGUUUCCAACCAGGAGAACAUCUAUUUGCCAGUUUCCAACCAGGAGAACAUCUAUAUGCCAGUUUCCAACCAGGAGAACAUCUAUAUGUUAGUUUCCAACCAGGAGAACAUCUAUAUGCCAGUUUCCAACCUGGAGAACAUCUAUAUGCCAGUUUCCAACCAGGAGAACAUAUAUUUGCCAGUUUCCAACCAGGAGAACAUCUAUAUGCCAGUUUCCAAACAGGAG